UUAACCCUCUCUGGGCAUUGUUAGGUCCUGGUGCAGUAGGUAGCAAUGCUUUAGAAUCCGGGCGGCCACGUGUUCUCCCGCCCGUGCGCAGGAAGCCCAAGUGAUGGCUUUGCCGGGUGAACGCUGUGAACACCUAAAUCCUUGUAAUCCCCCCCUUCCCCGAAAACAGCGCCUGCCCCUCCUGUGCUGUCACGCGGAAGGCGGCCUUCCCGAAGGACUUGAAGGAUAUAUGCAUGUUUGCUCCCGUUCUUGGAACUUUCCAUAUGAGGGAUACUAAUUCUCUAGUUUGAUUUUUGAAAAAUUAGUGCCAAGGGAGCUUAUUCCUAUCAAUCACUGAAGCCAUAAAAAAGUUUUUUAAAAAGCUAAUCACACAAUGAGGUAGUUGUCUGUGGAAUUGAUCAUCUCCAAGCAUCAUCAUCAUCAUCAUCAUUAUCAUCAGGAGCAACAAUUAAUUGGCAAUUCAGGAGGAAGGUGCAAGGCUGGAAAGAAAUUUCUUCUCACAAAAUUCAUAUCUGUGCAUUUCACAAAUAGGGAGGACUUUAUUGUCUACCUCAGUAACAAAUGACUGGAUUGAAGGAAGCAGGUGUUGCCAUCUCUGCAAACUUCCUGGGCGAGUAAUGGGGAUUCGGGUGCUUCGUUUUUCUUUGGUGAUCAUCCUUGUGCUACUAUUGGUAGCCGGGGCUUUAACCAAUUUACUUCCCAAUGUCAAAGAAGACAAGAUGCUCACUUUGCGUAGGGAAGUAAAAUCCCAGGGAAAGUCCACCCUGGAUUCUUUCACUCUCAUCAUGCAGACUUACAAUAGAACGGAUCUCUUAUUGAGACUUCUAAACCACUAUCAGGCAGUGCCGCAUCUGCACAAAAUAAUUGUGGUGUGGAACAAUGUUGGGGAGAAGGGACCAGAUGAGUUAUGGAAUUCUCUUGGACCUCACCCUGUUCCUGUGAUCUUCAAACUACAAACCACAAACAGAAUGAGAAAUCGACUCCAGGCUUUUCCUGAGGUCGAAACCAAUGCGGUAUUAAUGAUAGACGAUGACACACUCAUCAGUGCCCAGGACCUUGUUUUUGCUUUCUCAGUUUGGCAGCAAUUCCCUGAUCAAAUUGUAGGAUUUGUUCCUAGAAAGCAUGUCUCUACUUUAUCGGGUAUCUAUAGUUAUGGAGGUUUUGAACUACAAACACCAGGGUUUGGAAAUGGUGACCAGUACUCCAUGGUGCUGAUCGGAGCCUCAUUCUUCAAUAGCAAAUAUCUUGAACUCUUUCAGAGACAACCUGCAACUGUCCAUGCUUUGAUAGAUGAAACUCAAAACUGUGAUGAUAUUGCCAUGAAUUUUAUCAUUGCCAAGCACAUUGGGAAGACUUCAGGAAUAUUUGUGAAACCUGUAAACAUGGGCAAUUUGGAAAAAGAAACCAAUGGUGGCUAUUCUGGAAUGUGGCAUCGAGCUGAACACUUUCUGCAGAGGUCUUAUUGUAUAAAUAAGCUUGUUAAUAUCUAUGAUAGCAUGCCCUUAAAAUACUCCAACAUUAUGAUUUCCCAGUUUGGUUUUCCAUAUGCCAACCAUAAAAGUAAAAUGUGAAAGUAAAACAAAAACAAACCUGAAAACUGCUUGGUAUUUGAGUAGCUUCUCCAUGCUAUGUAUUUUUGUUCUUAAGCAGCAACAUGAACUUUUAUCUAUUCCAGAAGUCUCUACAGUAGAAAAAGAAUAUGCAGCACUUCUAGGAUGUAAAAUUCACAUUAACUUCAAAAACCAAGAAGCUAGUCUCAUCCACAUAGGUCUUCUCAUGAAGAAUUUUCACCUAAGGUUAUAAUGCCUUGGUUGACAAUUUUAUUGUUUACAUCUCGAGACUGUUUUACAAUUGCUUUGAUUCCUGGCAUUCGCCUUAAUGACCUAUAGCAAGCUGUUUCCAGAAUUGGAAAGUCAAGAAAGGCAUUUCUCAGCUUUUUCACUAAGGUUGAUUGUUUUAAUUUGAAGCUUGCAAUGCCUCUUUAGCAAAAGCCUGUGGUAUAGGGAAAAGCCACGUGAGAAGAGAAGUUUCAAUCUCAUGUGAAAACAAGGAGAAGACGUGACUACCAGUGCUUCCCUAUGACCCUUCCAACCAGAGUUAGCUCUGCCCAGCAUGGUUUGGAUGCAAAGUUAGGUGCUGUUUGUUUUUAUUGCUAAGUCUGUUGUGACUGGGAGCAUAAGUUUUAGUAGCUAAAAGAUGUCUAGUUGUUUGCUUGAUUUUUGUGAGUCUACUGCAUGGAUCACCCAAAAAUGCAGCCUGUGUUUCUUAUAUGCAACUUAAAUGCAGCAAGGAGUAAAUGUGUUACUGUAUUUUGUGACUGAAUAUGACUUGGAGAAUGUAUAUUAAUUCUUAUAUUUUACAUGGAGUAUGUUUAAGAAAAUGUGUAAAAUAACUUCUGGAAGAAUGAGUAAGUAGAAACUAGCAGAAGUGAAAAUCAAUAUCAAAAGAUCUUUAUUAUUAAAGAAUAGGUUAUCUCAUGGAUACUAAACAGCUGUGUGUAUUACACACAAAUGCUUGCAUUCAGAACUUGUUUCCUUUUUUUUUUUUCUUUGAAUAAGAUCCAAGACACUAUUUAUCAUGGUGAAAUUUCAAUUACACAGAUACAAGAAAAAAAAAAUAAGUACUGAGUCAUAGCAGAAAUUCUCUAGGAAGUCCACAUCAGUUCAUUGUUAAGUUUGCCCACUGUGCUGUUUAUCAGUGUCUGUGUCCCACCCAGUCUGUGUUAAUUGCUGACAAGGGGUACUUAAUUAGGCCUCCAUCACUUUUUCUUCCUCCUCCUCCUCAGCGUCCUUCUCUCCCUCCACCUUCAUCUCUUUACACAGUGCCUGUAUACUCUCAAAGUUGCAAGUAUAGUGAAAUAAUCAUGUUAAUGUGCCAACAUUGAUGCCAUUGUGCAGUUAGUUCAUUAUAUUUUGGGUUUUUUAUUGUUUGUUUAUUUGUUACACUAGAGUAUGUACAUGUCUUAAUGUGGUCAGGUUAAAAAGUUGCUUUCCCCAACCCUGAAAGUACUUUUUUGCCUUCUGGUAUUCCACUCUCAGACAAAUAAAAUAAACUUUAACUCUC